AUGUCCCGAGACAUUAUUCCUACCGAUAGGGAAGAUAUUUAUUUAAAAAAGACUUAUGCACCAGGAGCCAUACGACAGACAACAGCAAAUGCAAGCGAUCAACGAACAUUAACACCAUAUAUAUCACGAGAUGGUAUAUAUAAACCAUCGAAUAGAUCAUCAUGGGUGGCUGUUGGUGAUAAUCGUCAAAAUUUCUACAAAACACCGAAUAAUCUUGGUUUAGCAUCAUUACUUGGUGUAGGUGGUAUAGGCGUACCAAUACGUCCUAUUCAAUCACAAAAUGUAAUAGUAAAUCGGAUUUCUAACGAAAGAAAUGAAGAUAGACGUCAAUUAAUUGAUACGAAUAAUAUGUUAGCUGAAUAUGUUCAAAAAGUUCGAUUUCUAGAAGCUACUAAUCAGGCUUUACAGCGUCAAAUACAAUUAUUUGGAAAUCAUAGUGGACAAAAUUCUGUAACAAUUAAACAUAUGUUUGAAACAGAAACGCAAAGUGGAAAUAAAACAAUUGAUGAUAUAAAACAAGAUAAAAAACGUUUACAAUCUAAAUUCAAAGAUGCUGAACAAUCAUUAGGAAAAUUUCGUGACCGAUAUAUGCAAUUGUUAGCUACACGAAAUCAGUUAGGAAGAGAAAUAUUUGAUUAUCAUCGAAAAAUUGCUCAAAAUGAUGCAGAAAUUAAUUUAAUUAAACGUCGAAUCGCUGACAUGGAUGAUGAAACGAGAUUUUAUAGUUUAAAAAAUCAACCAUAUGAAUACAAAGAAGAUCAAUUGAGGCAAGAUAUUGAUAAUGAUUUAUUUAGUCGUCAAGUAUUUCAAAUGGAAAAAGAAGUGUUGGCUACUGAAAAAGAAAAUAAUGAAAAUGUUCAUCAAUCACUUAUCGAUGAAAUACGUGCAUCAGUCAGUGUCGAUUUUACACUGAAACCAUCAGAAUAUUUUCGUGACCAAUUAUCGUCUGCUAUACAUCGCUUACGAUUAGAAUUUGAUGAAAAAAAUCAAAAAGUGGAACAGACACUCCAUCGUAGGUACGAGAAAGAAUACAACAAUUAUCUAUUGAUGACACAACGUCCAACACCAGCCGUCACUCCACAACAUCAAAAAACAUUAGAGCAGUUAAACAAACAAAAAUUUGACUGUCAACAACAAAUUGCGGCGAUGAAAGCGAAAACAUUUGAAAUUCGUAAUAGUAUAGAUAAACUGCAACGAAAACUUGACGACGAAAGAUUUAAUUUACAAAAGAAAGAUCACAAUAUAAUUGCACAUCGUGAAGAUUUAGAUCAGCAAUUAUUAAAUAAAGAAAGACUGUUGAAUGAAUUAUCAAGAACUGGUGUUUCAUUAACAGAACAAAUCAAUUAUUACAAGGAUCUGAUGGCAAGGAGCGGUUUGGGAACAAUUGUAAACACUUUCUAUGAGACUGCCCAAUUUAAAGAGAUUGAAGCAAAUAAAAAAAUACUAGUAACUGAUCCAACAACUGAUAAACAAACAACUUACAAAUAUUCCCACAGACUACGAACGGAUAGAAAUGAUAGCAUGACCGGUCAUUAUAUUUCACCAUCAAAUCUAUAUCAACGUCCACCAGCGAUUUCUGAUUCAACAUAUCUAAGAUUAGGUGAUCAAUCACGUAUAAUAAAUGAUGAUAAUCCACGGGUUAGAUUUGCAGACAGAAAUAGUCGCACAAUAACAAUGAAACAAAAUGAAUUAUACCGUAGUCAUUCGGGUAUAGUAGAUGUAGGCAGGACUAAACCGUGGAUGGAUGAUCAUAUGACGACUUUGGGAUCAGAUUAUCACAGGAUGGAAUUACAACAAAGUAUGAGCCCACCGAAACCAGCAAGAAGUAGGCAAGGAGAUUUCUACGAUCCGGACAGAACGCAACAGUCAAGACAUUUUAUAGAAAAUAGUGGCGUGCCAAGACAUUUUAUAGAAAAUAGUGGCGUAUCAAGAUCAAGAAGUACUGAUCAAUUAGUGUCAUCAAAUUCAGGACGCUUUUCAACAAAUGAGAGUAUCUACAAUACUCUAACUCAUGGUGGUUAUUAA